AUGUACAAAAUGCAGCGAUGCGGUUAGCUUUAAACGUUCUGCAGGAUUGAAGGACGUAUGGCUUACGUAUGUGACCGGGAUAAACAAUUCUAGCGCAUUUUCAACAUGCUUAGUUUGCAGGCACUAAGCACUGUGAUCAAUUACACAACUGAGCAUCUGUUAUUUUCCACAGGAAUGUUUGUGAUGCUGAAAGCAUAUAAACACGAAAACAAGGCUUGAUUCGGGUUACAUCAUGCAAAAUAUAUUUAUGGAUGAGAGCUUCGAAAUAAGUUCGAAUGUCCCUAUUAUGUCGUCAACAGAAUCUGACAUAGCAUUGUUAUUCUGCUUUUAUUGUGGGAUGUAUGCUGUACAUUCAUAGUGCCGACGCCGGCAACCAGAUCUGGUGCCGAACCUGUGUCUCCAGCAAGGAAUCACCGGAAUGCGAAGAUCCCAUUAAACUGUCGGACGUGUCAGCACCCGGCGCUAAUAUUGUGUCGUUGACUGUUGACCAGCGCUGCGACCGUGGAUGCGCCCAACAAGUGUACUCAGUGUACGGCCAAAUCCAGUACGUCUCCUUCGGAUGCGCCGGUGUGGAGUACGCCCCCUACGGACUGGACAUGGAUAAGUGCGGAUGGACAGACAGUCCCGCCUCCACGAACAAAAGCGGUCGGAUCAAAGUGGUUGACUGUUUGUACUGCGAUGAGGAUUUCUGCAACGAUCCGACCAAAAACAGCCCGGUGCCUGGUGCGCCCAACUCCUGGCGGAAACCCGCUGCACCGGCUAUCAAAACAACGUCCACUGGAAAGAAACGGCAGGCUAUCUACCCGAUUAAUUUGGAGGGCGUUACGGGUAACCUGACGUUGGAUCUGACACUGCCAUGAGUGCACAAUUAUUCACUCUGAGCGUACUGCAGUGCGUUGCGAGGCUUUUGCUUUUUAUACUGUUUCUGCGUGUGUUAUUUUAAUGCGGGUUUAAUUUGCAAGUUGUGUUGAUUGCGCCCAGCCUAAGUAAUUCGUUUAUGACACGCGGUUAAGAAAUCGUAUGCUGCUUUAGUAAAGUGUUAUGCUUUUUCCCAGCAAAUGAUAACAUUAUGAAAAAAUUUCUGCAGAGUCCAUUUCGUUA